AUGGUGUUAUCGGAAAAGGUUAGCCAGCUAAUGGAAUGGACCAAUAAGAGACCGGUAAUAAGAAUGAAUGGAGACAAGUUCCGUCGCCUUGUUAAAGCCCCACCAAGAAACUACUCCGUUAUUGUCAUGUUCACUGCUCUCCAACUUCAUAGACAGUGUGUUGUAUGCAAGCAAGCUGAUGAAGAAUUCCAGAUUCUAGCAAACUCAUGGCGAUACUCCAGUGCAUUUACCAACAAGAUAUUUUUUGCUAUGGUGGAUUUUGAUGAAGGUUCUGAUGUAUUUCAGAUGCUAAACAUGAAUUCAGCUCCAACAUUCAUCAACUUUCCUGCAAAAGGGAAACCCAAACGAGGUGAUACGUAUGAGUUGCAAGUACGGGGAUUUUCAGCUGAGCAGAUUGCCCGGUGGAUAGCUGACAGAACUGAUGUCAAUAUCAGAGUAAUUCGACCCCCAAAUUAUGCUGGUCCCCUUAUGUUGGGAUUGCUUUUGGCUGUUAUUGGUGGACUUGUGUAUCUGCGAAGAAGCAAUAUGGAAUUUCUCUUUAACAAAACUGGAUGGGCUUUUGCAGCUUUGUGUUUUGUGCUUGCUAUGACAUCUGGUCAAAUGUGGAAUCAUAUAAGAGGACCACCAUAUGCUCAUAAAAAUCCACACACAGGACACGUGAAUUAUAUCCAUGGAAGCAGCCAAGCCCAGUUUGUAGCUGAAACACAUAUUGUUCUUCUGUUUAAUGGUGGAGUAACCUUAGGGAUGGUGCUUUUAUGUGAAGCAGCUACUUCUGACAUGGAUAUUGGGAAGCGAAAGAUAAUGUGUGUGGCUGGCAUCGGACUUGUUGUAUUGUUCUUCAGUUGGAUGCUCUCGAUUUUCAGAUCUAAAUAUCAUGGAUAUCCAUAUAGCUUUCUGAUGAAUUAAAAAGGAUUCCAGAGAUAUGUAGACACUGGAGUAACACCAGGAAUUGGAAAAUGAAAAAUGUGUGCUUAUUUGAGAGGAAUAACUUGGCGUAUUUUGUAUUACUUUUUCCCCCAAGUGAUUUAAAAUAGUUUAUCAUUUAACCAAAGAAGAUGUGUAGUGCCUUAAUAAACAAUUUCCUUUCAAUCAUGAAGUAUUUGGGAUACAGUUCUCAUAUUCUUAACCUUCCUAGUAAACUUUAUGGAGUAUUUAAUGUAGGGAAUUAAAUGUGAAAAAUUUAAAGCUACUUCAUUUUAAAUUAGAAGAAGACUCAAAACGGCUUUAGCUAGGUUUUGAUCAUUUGAUUUUAUAUUUUCUUAUCUAAAGGCAACAGAAAAAUACUGACCACGUGUUCCCCCAUAUGUCUGUUGCAGAUAACUGCUACAGAAAUUCAUUCUUAACUUUUCUAUCUUUGCAUGUGUGUGUAUACUUUGCACAUAUUUUCUUUUAAACAGAAAAACUAUAUGUGUUGUGUGGACUCCUGAAAAUGGAACGCCAUUCUUCAGAGUAUACUUUUAGCUUUUGGAAAUACAGGAGGCUAGCAGUCCUCCUCUUAUCUUUCCGACUUAAAAUACAGGGCUAUCUCUGCUUCUUGGAAACUAUAGACCUUAAAAAUAUUUCUAAAUAUAAGAUUAUGAUUUCUCAUGAAUGUGAUGUUAACUACCCAGUGUUUGGAAAGAUUCAUUCCCCCUCUUUUAUUUCAGGUGGCCCAUCUCUUAAUAUAUAGUUUAAUGAUAAAAUCAAUGUGACUUGUACAAGGUAUGAAAAUGCUUCUGAAAGUUGUCACUAAUUUUAUUUGUACCUAAGAGAAAAAUGGGCUUACAUAUAACUCAGCUGAUGAAGUUGAAUUCGGUAUUACAAGUAACAGCAAAUUUCAUUAGCCUUUGGGUUUAAGAAGACUUAGCAUGGGAAAAAAAUAAUCAUGAGAUAAUGAGUUUUGCCUGUGUAUAGAAAUUAAGUAUUUCCUGAAAGCUAUUUCUGGUUUUGCUAUUACUUUAGUCUUUAUUCCCUUUCUUUAUGUGGAGAAACAAAUGAAGCAAAUGAAGGGGUUUUGUUUGAGGUUUUUAUUCUGUCAGUAGAGUUAAUAUAUGGGCUAACAAAUUUCUGUGAAGAAUGUAAGUUGAUGGUUAUCAUUAGAUCUAACUAUUACCUCCCCCAUAGUUAUUAAAAGUAACAUGAAAUGCCACUAUUACAGAAAUAUGAGAAUUGUGAUUGCUAAAAAUAAUUUGUAAAGAAAUCAAACAAGUGUCACAUUUAAAAACACUGUCGUUGCUUUUGAUGAUUUACCAUCUAAUAACCCUCAUGUGUGAUAAUAGUCUUAAUAGAGAUUUGCAAAAACAGAUGGGCAGAUUUGUCUUUUUGUUGUUGUUAGUAGUUUUGGUAACUGAGGGAUAUAAUUGAUCUUUUAAUUUAAAGUAGCCACUCUUUGUUAAUUACUGGUCUGUAAAUUAUGUGAUUCUGGAUUUCUUUUAUUGCUCUUUUUGUACUUGUCUCACGCCAAAUAAAUUUAUACUGAGAUACGUAUGGUUGAGACUUGUAUGAAAUGCCCUUGUACAGAUUGACCAGGGAACUAUUACUGCCAUUAGUCUAUAGCUCUAGAUAAUUAGCCAUGAACAUUGAAAGAAUGAAAGUAUAUAUAUAUAUAUACAUAUAUAUAAUUUUGGAAGGCAGCUAUGCUGACCACUAUGCCACCAACCACCAACGCUUUGGCAAUAUAUCUAAUUUUAGGAGGGGGCUUUUCGAUCUUUCAGAUGAGCAAGGUGCUUUGGUGUCACAGUGGUUAAAUUCUUGGUUGCUGACCAUGAAAGGUCUGUAGUUUGAAACCACCACCAAUGGCUUCAUGGUGAUUUAAUCCCAUCAAGGUUACAGCCUAGGAAACCCUAUGGGGCAUUUCUACUUUGUCCUAUUGGAUCUCUGUGAAUCAUAAUUGACUUGAUGAUAUACAACAACAUCUUUAAGAGCACAUUCUACUACAAGAAUAAAAGUAGCAAUCUGGCUAAAAUUUACAGAAACAGAUUUGCUGCACUGAAUAUAGUGUUAUUUUCGUAGAAAUCUUGAAAUUCGCUUUCAUCUGAAGUGCCUUAAGUAGACUUAAUUUACUCUCCUAGUUAUUAUUUAAAUGUCAUUUGUUAUACUAUUCAAAAUGGCACAUUGUAGUGGCAAAUGUAACCAAAUGUCUGCCUGUUUGCUUUUCUUGACCAUUUCAAUAAACUUUUAUAAUCAGAA